AUGCUGCUGGCCAGCCAGAUGCUCCGGCAGGACGACCAGAUGCUGCUGGCCAACAAGGUGCUGCUGGCCGGCAUGUUGUUGCUGGACCAAAUGGGGCUGCUUGCCAACCAGGCACGCCGGCAGGGAAAGCAGCGGCCUCCGCGGACCCAGCUGGGCAGAGGGCUGCCAAGUCUGCACUUGCGCCUGCCGGGGGCGCGGAAGGAGGGGAACGAUCGUAGCGCAGGUUCCGGAGCAGGGCGCCUGCGCGCGAGCCCAGGCCAGAAGCUGGAGCACGGCCACGGUCAGCAAGUCGCGCUCGCCCCGCCAGGCCUCCAGCUCAGGAGUUGCCCAUUUUUGUAA